AUGAGAGUGUUCUGCGAUGGUCAACUGUAUAUGUUCUACUGUGAUCUCUCCCAUGCUUCGCUCGAUGAUGACGAUUUGCAUAUGAUUGCCUUCUCAUUCGUAUCUGCGAUUUUCAGCUUUACCGAGAUUUUAUUCAUCAUCAAUGGAACAUCGAAGUUUUCCGAUAAGUUGAUGCAAGCUCUUGAGCAACUACAGCGGAUUGGAAUUGUUUGCCUGGACAGCAGACUGACCGAAUGCAUUUACGGCUUAAGUAAGGUUGUCCAAUGUAUGCAAGAGGAAACAGUCAUGUUUUACUGCUUUGCGCUGAACAAUUCGUUCCUGACGACGAUUAUCACGCCGCUAUCGUGGCUCGAGUACGCUGGAUCCUGCUGA